GUUUCGCACGCAGCGAUACGAUGACAACAACGCACCGCUCAUGUAUGUCCGCAUUCAAGUUGGGCAAGCGUCCUGCAGCGCUUUGCUGGAUAGCGGCGUGUCUCACAAUUUCAUGAGCCAACCCUUUAUGCAAAGGGCUGGCCUUGGCGCGCAAGUUUGGAGGAAGGCAAACCCGACGGCGAUCAAGUUGGCGGAUGGGAAAACGAAGCAACUUCUCGACCGAUACAUCGAGGUUAUACCGGUUUAUUUCGCACAUCAUGCAUGCGAACCGGUGACAUUCGAUAUUCUCGAUACGGACUAUGACAUGAUUCUAGGCUUGCCUAGGCUUGCAAGAGCGGAUCAACCGUUCAACUUCCACCGGCGGACUCUUAGCGUUUGCGACGCCUUCGACGAGGAAGUGGCGUGUACUACUCCUCUACCGCACCCUUCGAUUCGGUGCCAAAUGGUGACGGCCAAAUCAUUAAGGGUGACUUGCGCUUACGAGCAGCCCGAGGAGAUCGGCCUAUGUUUCCUACGGACCGUCGCGGUGACCGACUCUUCACCCACGAACUUGUCUUCGGACCCCCGGAUGGUGCAGUUGCUGGACGAGUUCGCCGACAUCUUCGAGUCACCUACCGGUGUGGUGCCGGAUCAGCCGAUCUCUCACGAGAUCAUUCUUGAGGCCGAUGUCGUGCCGCCGAAAGGGUCCAUCUAUCGCACGAGCCAGGAGGAGCUUGAGGUCCUCCGCUCACAACUCGACAAUUUGUUGGCCAAGGGAUGGAUCCGCCCUUGCAACUCCCCAUAUGAAGCACCGGUUCUCUUCAACUGGAAGAAAAACAAGGAUCUACGAUUGUGUAUCGACUACUGCAAGCUCAACGCGCAAAUCAUCAAGAAUGCGGGGUUUCUUCCUCGCAUCGACGAGCUUCUUGAGCGACUGGGCGGCACAAAGUAUUUUUCUAAGUUGGAUUUGAAAUCGGGAUAUCAUCAAAUCUCGAUCCGGUCGAACGAUCGCUACAAGUCCGCAUUCAAGACGUGGUACGGGCAUUUUGAGUGGGUGGUCAUGCCUUUUGGCCUCACCAACGCCCCGACGACCUUUCAAGCGGCAAUGGCCAAUGAGUUUCGUGCAAUGUUGAACCGGUUCGUGCUGGUCUACUUAGACGAUAGUCUCUUCUAUAGCCAGUCAUUGGAGGAUCAUCUUGGGCAUUUUCGACGAGUGUUGGAGACGCUCCGCCGCGCCAAGUAUAAGGCCAACCGCGACAAGUGCGAAUUUGUUCGGCAAGAGCUGGAAUAGUUGGGCCAUUUUGUCACACCGGAGGGCAUCAGUCCGCUAUCGGACAAGAUUCAAGCCAUCCAGGACUGGUCGGAGCCUCGGAACG